AUGAUUAGAAAACCAAUUAAAGAUAAAACGAAGAGUGGUCGUAUCAUUAAUGCAACUCACAUGAUACCUUAUGACCCCAUAUUACUAUCCAAUGUAAAGGAUGAUAAAUAUCAAUGGGAUUUAAAACCACGAGAUGAUCAUUCUGCUCUUUAUUCUGGUGUCAGUUCUUUAGAUUCGGGAUGGGAGAAUUAUCACGUUGGUUUUGUUGGUCCUGUUUAUAAAAAUUCCGAAAAAAGUAUCGAACCAAGUAGUCAAACAGACAAAUUAAAAGCAAGCUUGGUAAAGACCUUGGCCGAAAAAAAAAUUCUACCCGUUUUUCUUGAUGAUGAAGAACAUCAUGGACAUUAUGAAGGUUACUGUAAAAUUGUAUUAUGGCCGUUGUUUCACUAUAUUUUGUGGGACACUGCCACUGAUGGUAGAAUAGAAGCACUCAAUUGGGCGAACUAUGUAAAGGUUAAUCAACGAUUUGCCGACAAAAUUGUGGAAGUAUAUAGACCUGGUGAUUUAGUUGGACUUUUUGUUCAUGCACCAUUUCCUAGUUCUGAAAUUUUUCGAUGUUUACCAAGAUAUGAAACUACACAAAAUGGUGAAACCAGUAAAGAUAAGUAUAUAGCAGGCACUGUUGAUGCAAGAGAUUCAACAGUAAGUAUAGGAACAUUCCCAAUUGGAAUUGAUGCUGAGAAAGUUAAAAAAGAGAGAAAACUCCCUGAAGUUGUGAGAAAAAUGAAAGUGAUCCAAGAAAUAUAUACUAAUAAGAAGAUCAUUGUUGGUAGAGAUAAGUUAGACCUAGCCAAAGGCAUUAUUCAAAAACUUCUUGCUUUUGAAAAUUUUUUAUCAUUGUAUCCAAUGUGGCAUAAUAAAGUAGUUCUAAUUCAAGUCACUACACCUGCACUUAGUGAUUCACCAAAAUUAGAGCGCAAGGUUUCAGAACUUAUUGCUCAUAUAAAUGGCAAAUAUGGUUCAUUAGAAUUCACACCCGUACAUCACUAUCACAACAAUAUUGCUCAGGAUGAAUAUUAUGCACUUUUAAAUGUAGCAGAUAUUGGUCUUAUAACAUCAAUUCGUGAUGGAAUGAAUACUCCUUCAUUGGAGUAUAUAGUGUGUCAACAAGAAAAUCAUGGAUCUUUGAUAUUAAGUGAAUUCACUGGAAUGGCAGGUUCACUUGAUGCUUUGACUAUGAUUAACCCUUGGGAUUACACUAGUGUAGCAAGUGCAAUCAAUGAUGCAUUAAACUUAUCACCUAAAGAAAAAAAAGAAAAACAUAUGCAACUAUAUAAACAUGUUACUACUUAUACUGCUCAAUUUUGGGCAAAUUCAUUUGUUCAAGAGCUUAAAGAAACAAUAAAAAUUCAAAAACAAUCAAGUAUUGUUCCAUUUCUCAAUACAGAUAGUUUAUUAAAUAAAUACAAACUCACUAAAAACAGAUUAUUAUUAUUUGACUAUGAUGGUACCUUAACUCCUAUUGUUCAGACUCCAAGUGCUGCAAUCCCAGGGGCUGAUACCUUAAAAGGAUUAAGUGAACUUGCAAAUGAUCCUAAAAAUAAAGUUUGGAUAAUUUCAGGACGUGAUGUUGAUGCACUAGAUAAAUGGCUUGGUGGCAUUAAAAAACUUGGAUUUAGUGCUGAACAUGGUGGUUUUAUAAAAAGUCCUGGAAGUAAUAAAUGGGUUAACCUUAUGAAAGAUAUUGAUAUGAGUUGGAAAAAUGAUGUACUUGAGAUAUUCACAUAUUAUAAAGAACGCACUCAAGGAUCAUUUAUAGAAGAUAAAAGUUCUUCAAUUACUUGGCAUUAUCCAUUCCAAGCUAAAGAAUGUCAAAAUCAUCUUGAAAGUGCAAUCAUUCCCAAAUUACCAGUUGAGAUAUUAUUAGGUAAAAAAAAUCUAGAGGGUGAAAUUGUAAAACGUCUUUUGGAAAAUCAUCCAGGUGUUGAUUUUAUAUUUUGUGCAGGUGAUGACAGAACAGAUGAAGAUAUGUUUAAAGCAAUAAAAAAGUCUCGUUUACCAGUUGAUAGUUAUUUUUGCACAAUGGUUGGUUCUGCAAGUAAAAAAACUUCAGCUGGAUGGCAUGUCAAUUCAUCUCAAGAUAUUAUUCAAACCAUUAAUAAAAUGGUUCAAACGAGUAAAAAAAUUUGA